CCGCGACGACGGAGCCCCUCACAGCAGCAGACAGACGCCAUCCGGCCCGGCAGCAGCAUGAUCGUGGUAUUCGGCAGCUCGAACGCCUUCGGACGCGACGUGAGCGAGAUGGAGAUGAUGGUGCUGGCCGGCACGGUCUUCGUGGUCUCGGUGCUGCUCGUGCUCGUGUACAAGCUGGCGCGCGGCUGGGACGACCUGGACAAGGACGACUUCGGCGCCAGCGUGCUGCCGCUGCACGCGCCGCGCGCCACGAACCGCUGGGUCAGCAGCCGCAAGACGCACUUCGGCCGCCUCGGCACGAUCAAGGAGAACGAGGUCUUCUCCUUCAGCUCCAAGAUGCGGUGA